AUGAGGUUUCUUGACCUUGCCGUCCUUGGGGCGCUCGCCUGUCACGAAGCAUCGGCUGCGGACAGCUGGGUCGCAGGCUUGCAUGCGCGCAAGCAAGAUAUCAGUGAUGCUUGCCCGGAUUAUGUCGCAUACUCGCAGACAAAGCAUCCGCCUUACAGUGAAGGGCCUCUCAAGCUUUCGUACCAGCGCCCCAUUCCAGAAUGCCGGACAUUCUCCUCUCCAUUAGUUGAGAAGGUGAUAAAGGAUGUCACCUCGCGCAUGGUUGACAAGGACCUGGCCCGGAUAUUUGAGAAUGCGUUCCCAAACACACUCGACACAACGGUUCGAUGGCAUGUCGAUGGCACACAGAAGAACAAAAAACGGAGCUCGAAGAACAAACGUGCUGGUGUUUGGGACGGCCCACAGUCGUUCAUCGUUACUGGUGAUAUAAACGCAGAGUGGCUUCGGGACUCGACAAAUCAGUUGGCGCAAUACCAGAAAUUGGCGAAUGGGGACCCCAAGAUAAAGAGUUUGAUACUAGGAGCUAUAAAUACGCAGGCCGAAUUUGUGAUCCAGUCGCCAUAUUGCAAUGCAUUCCAACCACCUCCCCCAAGCAACCUGCCGCCAACAAACAAUGGCCAGAUGGACCAGGUUCACCCGGCAUACGAACCGAGCGUGGUGUUUGAGUGCAAGUAUGAGCUUGACUCUAUUGCCAACUUCCUUUCCCUCGGAAAUCAAUUCUACCAAGAGACCAAAUCAAACGCGUUCCUUACGCCGAGAUGGUACGAAGCCCUGAAUACAGUCUUGAGAGUGUUGGACGAGCAGAGCCAGUCUACGUUCGAUAAUAACGGCCAAUACACGCGCAAUCAAUACACCUUCCAGCGCCAAACCAGUUCUGGUACGGAAACCCUUAGUUUAAUGGGUGUCGGUAACCCGUUAGGCAACGGCACUGGGCUUGUUCGCAGCGCUUUCCGUCCAAGCGACGAUACUUCUAUCCUAGGAUUCCUCAUCCCUGCUAAUGCAAUGAUGUCCGUCGAACUUGGGCGAACAGCAGAGACACUCUCAAAAGCUGGAGGGAACAAAGACCUGAUUCAAAAGCUCAAGCAAUACUCUGAAAGGAUCAAGGAAGGUAUUUAUAACCAUGCGGUCGUGACACAUAAAACGUUCGGUCGAGUCUUUGCUUUUGAAGUUGAUGGCUACGGGUCAAGCAUUUUCAUGGACGACGCCAACCUCCCAUCGCUUCUCGCCCUGCCACUGCUUGGAUUCAUCGACCAGAACGAUGAAAUCUACAAAAACACCCGAAAAAUGAUUCUCUCCAAGACUGGAAACCCUUACUACUUAACCGGGUCGGCGUUUCAUGGUAUCGGUGGACCCCAUAUUGGCCUACAAAACGCCUGGCCGAUGUCCGUACUUGUGCGUGCGCGCACAGCAACCUCCGAUGCUGAGGUUAUGGAGUCUAUCAACAUGGUGCGCGACUCAUGUCUCCUUGGUCUAGUCCAUGAGAGCGUGGACGUAAACCGUAUAGUCAGAUACACACGCAGCUGGUUUGCGUGGGCGAACAGUGUCUUCGCGCAAACUAUUCUCGAUCUGGCGGAGAAUAAACCACAUCUGAUCUUUGGCAAAGGCGCAAAGCCGUACAAAGUCACCUCUGAUGCCCAGAUGAAUGGGUAA